AUGUCUGUACCAAGUUUUGCACAGUGGUUAUCACAGCAUAGUGUAGCCUCACUAAGAGCCUGUGCCUCCAACUCUGUAUCUCCUAUCAUAGGAGUAGUUGGCAAUCAAGCUGCUGAUGCUGACAGUAUCGUAUCGGCUGCGGCGCUAGCUUAUAUCCGAUCUCUCACUGAUCACGCCGGUAGCUAUCAGCCUUUUGUCCAGUGCAACGAGGAAGAUCUAUUGCUCAGACCAGAGGUCGGUUUACUCUGGUCCCGAUUUACCGAGUCACCGAAAGUCACUUUGCCGUCUACGAGGACACAGUCGUUGUUGCCAGCAGUCAGUAGUUGGAUUAUUGUUGAUCACAAUGAGCUCACAAUUAAAGCUCCACGCAGCACUGUUGUUGGUAUUGUCGAUCACCAUGUUGAUGCUGGGAAGUAUGCGGAUCUCCAGGGUGCUGAUCGUAUAAUCGAACCAUGUGGUAGCUGCUGUACACUGGUCGCCCGUGAGUAUCUCUCCAAUGCAUCUAGAGAACUAGAUUCUUCCCUGUGCGGGAUGCUCCUUGGGGUCAUUCUCCUCGACACUGUGAAUAUGAGCUCUGAGGCGGGGAAAGCUACCGCAGUAGACUGGGACAUAGUUGAGCGUUUGUCUGCAGUAGUCCGCUAUGGUGCUUCUCGCAGAAGAAGUUUGUUUGAGGAACUACAGCGGGCUAAGACCAACCCUAAAAUGUGGGAAAAUAUGACACCUCGACAACUGAUCGACUAUGAUUACAAAUUCUUCGAUUCGGGCGUCGUCGGUGUUGGAAUGAGCAGCUUGUUGGUGCCCCUGCAAGGAGUGGCAUCAGAGUGCAUCAGGAACAUCCGAAGUCGUGGGGAUGCCGCUGCCAGGCUCUGGGUGCUCAUGUCGUGCUAUAUGGAUAAUGAGGGCCAUUUCUGCCGAGAGCUCCUCGUGUGUGCGAGAGACCCUGAGAGGGAUGCCUCUUUGCUGUCGUCUGUGACCACCUUCCUAGAGGCCAAUGGUGAACUCCAGCUACGGCCGAUGAACAUCGAUGUCCCAGGGGCGAGAGCGUAUCAUCAAGGCAAUGUGAAGGCAAGUCGCAAGAAGGUCGCGCCGGUCCUCUGUGAGUUCUUGCAGCGCGAAAAUUCGAAAUAAUGCUGUAGAAAAUUUCACCCAUCUCCUCUUGUUUAGGGUGUUUGUUUUCUC